AUGUGGUCUUUCGGGACAAUUCUCUUCGAAAUUCUAUUCCGACGAAAGUACGUGGAAGUGGAUGAUUAUUACGAAGGUGAAGACGACGUUAUUAUUUGUGAAAAAGCCGACGAUGUUCUGCAAGCUCAUCCGCCGACGGUACCAGAAGACCGUGAAGUUCAUGCUGACCUUCGUGGACUCAUACAGAAAUGCUGGGAUAACGUGGACAACCGACCGGAUACAGGCCGUGCUAGGAAGAUAACCGAUGCAACGUUGAAAAUGUCCGGAUCACUCGUCGACCAAAUGAUAAAGAAUAUGGAGGAAUACACAAAUGGUCUUGAGGAGCUUGUUAAACGAAGGACUGGACUUUUGGAAGAAGCACAGCAGAAGGCAGACGAGCUGCUCUCGGAGCUGCUUCCCAAAUCAGUAGCUGAGGAGCUGAAAGUUGGCAGAAGAGUAGACGCAAAGAACUACAAAUCGGCAUCGAUACUAUACUCCGAUAUCGUUGGUUUCACAUCGUUAUGCUCCGAAUCCGAACCAAUGGAGGUAUUUUCAUCUAUCUUUUCAAGAAAAAAAUCUGAAAGCCCCUUCUUUAAGGUUGUUGCUCUGCUAAGUGGAGUAUCAGUAGCUGAGGAGCUGAAAGUUGGCAGAAGAGUAGACGCGAAGAACUACAAGUCGGCAUCGAUACUAUACUCUGAUAUCGUUGGUUUCACAUCGUUAUGCUCCGAAUCCGAACCAAUGGAGGUUGUUGCUCUGCUAAGUGGAGUGUUCCAAAAGUUUGACCAUAUUAUUAGCAUGCAUAAUGGCUACAAGAUGGAGACGAUCGGUGACGCCUACUGUGUGGCUUCCGGUGUUCCAACCCCCAGCAAAACUGAACAUGUCUGCAAUAUUGCGACUAUUGCACUGCUUCAAAGGGAGUUCCUCUACGACUUCAUGAUUCCACAUCGUCCCGGUCAAUAUCUGCAUUGUCGUUGGGGUUUCAAUACAGGACCUGUGUUCACGGGGGUGGUAGGCAUUCGAGCACCGCGCUACUCCGUAUUUGGACCGACUGUAACCAUAGCCGCGAAAAUGGAAAACUCUGGAGUACCAGACCGAAUACAAAUGACAUUGAAGAGUCAUCAAAUGUUAUCGGCACGAUUUCCAGAGUUCAAGAGCAGUUCGCGUGGGAGCGUGAAAAUCGAUGGCAUCGGUACACUUCUAACGUACUGGCUAGACGGGGUCGAAGAUCUGUUGAAGAGCGAUCGCACAGGGGAAGACAAGGAUGGAACGGCAGCCGUCAGUGCCAGCGAUGAAGACGCCGAUCCGUACUCAUUCCCUCGUGAAUCGAGUCAGAUCAGCUCAGCAAAUUCCGUUGUUCCUUUGAUACCAUGA